AUGUCUAAAACAAAAAGUCCAAAAACUAGAUCUGUGUUACCUAAAAAUUAUUUACGUGAAUUUUCAUCGAUUACAAGUUUACAUGGUAUAAUGUAUUUGGGUGAACCCAACAGACCUCUAUUUGAAAGGUGAGUGUAUUCAAAACAAAAAUAUGACUACAAUACUAUUUACGUAAGUGCUUAAUUUUUAUUCGAUAGGUACUAUAUAGGUGAAAUUGGUAGACUAAACAGAAAUGCUUGACAAUUUAACAGGAGAUUCAUUUAAGUUCAUUAUAAUUCGUAAUUAGUGGUAAAAAAAAUAAUAAUUUAAAUAAAUUGAGUUUAAUGUAGUAAUUUUUUUUGUAAGUGUUUUAAUAUCAAAUUUUGAAGAUCAUAAAUAUGACGGCCUUUCAAAACGUGUUAACCGAACUUAGCUCCAAAUCAUUUUUCUUCAGUACUAGUUGAUUAUUGCUUACGGAUAAAAAUUAAAUAAUUUUAUUUAUCCUACUUUUUCAACUUCCUAACUACAACAGUAGCCGCACCGAUCCUCAGUAUCAGCUCUUUUUUUUUCUGUGAACAACUUUUCUACCAGCAAUUUUGAUACGAUUUUUAAUUAUAGCACUUUUUUUGAAAGGUACAAUAUUUAAUAAAUAUUAUUAAAGAAAAUAUGUAACGUAUAUAUAACUAUUUUACCAUAAUAUUACAUAAAUAUUAUUGAUAAAAUAACACUAUUAACCGAACUCCAAGAAAGGAUCUAUUGGUUUUACUAUGGUAUGAUUUUUUUAAAUUUAUUUUCUAUUUGUAACAAGUAUAAAAAAUAGCACAUUUUCUGGUGCUACACCAAAAUUUGUUUUCUCUAGUUAGACUUAGCAGUUCCCAUAUACAUAUAUAUAUAUAAUAAUAUAUAUAAAUUUGAAAAUAAGAAUCUUUGAUGCGAAUGAUCUCGGGAACCACUCAUCCGAUCGUCACGAUUUUUUUUUAACGAAAGAGUACAUUUCAAAUUUAGUAAUAUCAUAAAUUAAAUUCUCUAAGUUAAUUGAGUAAUUAAUAAUAAUGCUGAUUUUAAAUGGUCAAAAAAAAUUAGAACGGGCUUUUACAAAUAAUUUUUUUCUAAGAAAGUUGAAAUGCAUUCCGAAUUCUAUAAAUGUGAACGUGGAAUACAUUCAUUAUAAAAAUAAGGAAGACUGAUUAGAAAUUCAUUACUUUUCAAAGUAAUUCUCGAAAUACUGGUUUAAUUAUAUAAAGUACUUACAUAGGUAAUAGAUUCUUACGAGUUGGAUAUGAUGAUACCUAACGGUUUAGAUGCAAUAUAGCUUUAUAAUAUCAGUAUAUAAAUCCAAGUUUUGAUUCAAAUUACUAUAACUGUAACCAAAUAUUCAAUAGUUUAAAUCCAAGCAAACAAAAAUAAUAAUAAAUCUUUUGUAUGCGUAGUGAUUAAUUGCAUAAUAAUCAUAAUAAUUUUAUCACUUUAUUUAUACCUAUAUCGUUAAAUUAAAUGAUUAUCUACUCGUCCUUACCUAGGGUUUUUUGGCUCUGCGUUAUGUCACUGGUAGUGUCGUUAUGUGGUUGGCAAAUAUACCAAUUAUGUAGUAACUGGUCGAGUAGUCGAGUGAUAAUGACGAUAAAUAAUAAUGCAUACGAUAUAGGGGGUCUACCAUUUCCAGCGAUUACAUUCUGUAGCGAUCUUCAACUUCAGAAUAUUAACAACAGAACCCCUAAAGACGACAAGUAAUUAUAUAUAUUAUAUAUUAUCAUUUUUACACAGAUAAUCAAUUAUUCGUUUUAAAUUUUAGAGAAAUGAAUGACGUAAUAAAUAUAUUGUGUUAUAAAUUCGACGUUCAUGCAAAUGUGACUUUAAAAUUUAUUAACACGAACAAUUGGCAGCAUGUAAUAAAGGUAAACAAUUAUAUAUUAAUACUUUCAUUUUAACUAAUUUUCACGUCCUUUAAAAAUGUUAUAUAUCUAACUAGUUUUAGUUAGGUACCUAUUUUACAUACUUAUAAUUAACACGCUAAUCUUAUGUUUUAUAGAAUUUAAAGCUAACAAAUUGUUUAAUAUAAUAUAUUUAAAUCAUUUUUUUUUUAUUCGAAGAAUCAUAAAAUAUCAUGUCAACAAAUAAUUUCCAAAUUAUUUUGGCUUCAAGAUGAAAUUCAUUCGCCUUGUGAUUAUAUCCAACCGUUAAUAACAUCGUACGGUCUUUGCUAUUCUUUAAACAUGGUUCCUCAUCGUCACCUUUACAAAAACGAUUAUUUUCAAACGUACGUUUUGAUAUGUAUACAUAUACCUAAAGUUAAUAUUAUAUAUAUUAUCAUAUAAUAUAAACAAAAUUUAAUCCCCUAUAUUUACUUUUAGAAUGGCUUUUUUGAAUCACACACACUCAGAAAAUAUACUUCAGAAAAACGAAUCGGUAUGGACUCCUGAAAACCGUUACAGUAUAAAUGCUACUCCUUUCGACCUACCGUGGAGAGUCACGGGCGAUACUAUCGAAAAUGCUGUACGGUUGGUAUUUAAUCUGAAAAAUACAAAUCUGGGAGGCCAUUGCCCAGAAACGGAUUCUGGACUUACGGUAAUUGUGUAUCGUUUGUAUAAUAUAUAUAGGGUUAGGUUAGGCACCGGAUUAUUAGUAAAGUAACAAGCUCACGUGCAUGGAUCAUAAGAGAAGUAUUUAUAGAGGAGGGAGGAAAGUUGUCCGUGCCCGCUCUAUCGGCCGUACAUUAGUAUAUAUGUUAAUAACUCUUAUAGUAACUAUAGAUGAGUAUAACCUUACGUAUAUACAUAUUAUUGUAUAAUUUGUACAUAAUCGUCACGAUCUAAAAGUAUAACUGAUAAAUCUUCAAGAUGUACAUGUCAUCAUGAUAAACAUUUUUUGAACAAAAGUUUGUUGGUACAAAAGUCUAAUGAAAUAAAAUAUAACGUUUCACUGACACUAUUGUGACAAUAAGUUAAUAUUAUUUGAGAUUAGAGAAUAUAAUAUUGUAACGGGCAAUCAUCAACGUUGGCGUACGUUAAUAAUUUUUUAUUUUUAAUCGUAUUAAAGUAACAGGUAUAGUGUAAAGAAUUAUUUUUUAAUACAUUGCACAUAAAUAAAUAUAAAAACAUGUACCUAAUGUUAAUGAAAGUGUACGUUUUUAUACUGUCGUUUAUUUAUUUGUUUUUACAUUUAUUUGUAGAGUUUAAUAUUUAGUUUUUCUUUUUUUGCUCCCCUCAUUAUUAAUUUCUAAAUACAUCCCUGUGAAUCAUCAUAUGACUCAUUCAGUUCGAGUUGUAUAAAAUUAAAAAAAAAAAAAUGUUGUCCAACUCGCACUGUAUAUCGCACCUAUAUUGUAAACUUAUAUUUAUUAUUUAGGUGAUUAAAAUGACUUCGUUUUAUCUCUUCUUUACGUUACCAUUGACGCUCUAGAUCUUUUAUUAACCAUCUUUCCGGGUCUCGUCCUAUUCCAUCAGAUUUUUCAUUUGCCUCACAAUCACCAUACAUCUUAUAGGCUUAAUAAGUAAUUAUCUCCUACAUCGUUAUCUGCGUCUUCUCAAUUCUGCUUAGUCUGGGCUACUACCACCCAUUCUACUUAGAUUUAUGUUACUCCCUUGUUGUACCUCCUUCCACUUUGGCCCAGUUUAGUCUUAAGUUCAAUCUGUCACAAUUACCAGCUUUGGUACUGUAAGUUAAAAUAAUACUCAAUUGCAGAUAAUCGUACACAACCCGGCGGAUACUCCAAUCGGUAUGAAACCAACAGCUUACGUUACUCGCAACAACAUGUUGUCUAUUUCAUUAUCCAUAGUUGUUAUACACACGUCUCCAAAAAUUACAAAUUGGACUCCGAAAAAUAGAAACUGUUAUUUUCAAAAUGAAAAAAAAUUGAAGUUUUUUAAAAUAUAUACGUCUCACAACUGCGAAGUAGAGUGUAGGGCCAAUAACACACUCGAAGAAUGUGGUUGCAACGCUUAUUUUCAACCGAGUAAGGAUUUAGAUUUUUGAUUAAAUAAUAAUCGACCAUAACUAUUAAUAUUUAAUAUAUAUUACAUAUUCGUUUCAUUUAAAAGACAUGAACUAUUAUAAAACUAUAUUAUUGUUCAGGGGCGUCUCCAGACCUUGAUUGUAGGGGGGAGGCGAAAUAAUUAAAUUUAAUAUUAAUGACUAAUAAGAAAAAAAGAUGGAAAUACUUCGCACGAUGGAUGGACCAUUGUUAUAGAUGAGAAGUUGGGAUGGUAGGAGCUAUUGCCUCCCCCUUCAUGGACGCGCCUGUUAUUACCUGUAUAAAUAAGGCACAUGUUAAAAUUGUAUAACUAUUCAAGAAAGACAAAAACAUGUAAUGUCCAUGAAGAAAAUUUAAAAACAAAUUGCAUGUUUAUAAGUACAGUGUUAGAUAUCCUUAGGUGUAGGUAGAGUUCUUUGUUACGAGUAUACGCGAGAAACCAUUUUAUUAAAGUGAACACUGAGAGGUCCUCACACCCCUUCCAAUAAUAAAUAAAUAAUAUUCGUAAUUGAUAAGAUAAUACUAAAUCACUGAGUUUUAAGUUUUUUAUAGUUAAAGUAGAUUACUAAAAUAGACUAAUUCAAAAUAUAUAACAGCACACUAAAUUCAACUUAGAGUUUCAGUAACUUUGAUUUUAAAUUCCUAAACUGAUCUAGGCGGUCAGACAUGACAUCCAAUGCAGUGAAUAAUACUAAGUAAACAGUUCUAACACAAUAACGAAUUUAACACUUAUUUUUAUUUUUUAAAUACAAGUGAGGUUGUAAAAUUUUAAAGGAUCUGUUAACACUUUAACAGACACAUUUUUAUCAUUAAAAAAUAUAAUUCUUUUACAUAUGCAGUGUCCCACCAUGUUCAGCGGAUUUUUCUAGAGCUAUUAAUAUUAGAUAUAUAUAUAUUUUUUUAAUCGGUGUUUCUUCAAGGGGGGGCAUCGAUUUAAAUAAUAAUAAUCACAAUCGCCGCAUGAUAAUUCCUUAUCGCAACUGUAGUUUAUUGAAUCUUAAUUGUUUUCACACUUAUUUUCUAGAAAUUAAAACGACUAUUACUAAGAAACUAUUCAUCGGAUAUGAAUGUGCGAUAAAUUACAAUUUUUAGAAUAAUAUCUUUUACAAAAUGGCUACUUUGACAAUUUUGUAAAGUGAAUAAAUAAAAAGAUUUUUUUUUUGUGUUUAAAGAAUGAAAAAAAAAAAUUUAUUUAUUUUCCAAAUCGAUGCCUUCCUUGUAGACAGAUUGAAAAAAAAAAAAAUUGAAAAAUAUUUAAUAUUAACAGCUCUAGAAAAAUCCGUCGAACAUGGUGCGAGACACUGUAUUAGAUAUGUAUAAUAAAGAACUAAAUUAAAAAAUUAAUUACUCAGUACACUUAAGUAGAUACUAGAUAUAUGUUAUAGGCAUAACAUAAAGAGUUUGAUUAUAUAGAAGUAACUCAUACCAUUAGUCAGAAAAUCUAUAAUAAUAUCAUUAUAAUGUCAUUCCGUUCUGUAUUUAACUGUUUGUAUAUUUGUUAGAUUAUUAAAUAUACAACAAUAUAAAUAUUAUAUUUUGAUUUACAGGAGAUCCAAAUGUUCUGGUGUGCGGUUCCAAUAGUACCGAUUGUGUUAGAGAAUCGAUGACUAUUGGUAAGUAUUUGCAUUAUUAUCGUUAUUAGUUUUUUUUUUUUUUAUAAUUCAACUUUAAUUAUUCAUAACUAUUAUUCCGUACGUGAUGUCAUGCAGGUUAUUCGAUUUUCGAUAAACAAUUAAAGAAGUUAAAUAAUAUGGAUGGUUGUGAAUGUCUGCCGGCCUGUAUGGACAUUCGAUAUGAUUAUGAAACUGUAGAGUUUUUCAGGAACUGGACAACAAAUUCUACAUCGCUAAAAAUGUAAUAACGAAAUGUGAUUAAAAAAUGAAUAAAUACCUACAAUUAAUAUUAUUAUGAGGUGAUUUUCUAUUUUGAUUUGAUGUAUUUAGAAAUGAAGAUAAAUCCAUGGUAAUGGCAUACUAUAGAAGAAAACUUGCAGUUAGUAUACAGAAGUCUCCGUUAAUGCCGUUUAGUGAACUUUUAGGUAUUACCUAAUUUUUUAACAUAGGCAUCAUACAUUUUUUGUUUUACUGCAAUUAAUAAUAUUAUUUAUGUGUGAAUUAAUUUUUUAAGGUAACAUAGGUGGAUUAUUUGGAUUAUUUCUGGGCUGCAGCAUAGUCAGUUUUUUUGAAAUUAUAUACUUUUUUGUAAUACGAUUGUAUUUUAAUCAACGAGAUAGGAGGAUGGCUAAAUCAAAAAUAAUGCCAAAUAUCAUUCUUGAUGAAUAGGUAAUAAAAGAAAAAUCAAUUAUUAUAAUUUAAUAAUAUUAUAAUACUACUUCUGCGACGAGUAUCUAUAUAUAGUAAUAAUAAAAUAUAGUUAUAUUCAGCUUUGAAAAUAAAGGAUUACAUCGACUAUUCAAUUAAAAUUUGCAACAACUCAACA